CGGACACCGCCACCAGCGAUAUAAACGUCGCGUCUGACUCCCGAUAUGGUCGUCCUCGGUCUCCUUUUGGGAUAACACGGAGCAGCGGCGGGUGGAGUGGCGCAGGGCAGGGAAUGCAACCGAGUUGUCGCGUCGAAAACGGGGAAGGGGUCGGUCGAGUCGCACCCCGGCUUCACGAGCGCGGGAAGAGCGCGUAAACUCCCUUGGCCAAUCACCGACGCCUCCCAGGCGACGCGUGACGUCAACACGCGUCCUUCGUCGCACUGCCACGGAAUUUUCUUCGAGGCAAUCGUUCGCUCGAAGGAUGUCGACGGACUGGGGUCCAGGCCGCCGUCGUGGUUGAUAACGAUGGUCAAGGUUCUGAACUCACCCUCUCGUUCUUGUUCUUCGUCCUCCUUGACGACACCCUAGCCAUACCAGCCUACACUGCCCGGUGAAUGCACCUCGCUAGAACGAGUAGCGACGAGACUCUUGGCGGCAAUGACCUCGAACGCGUACCGCCCGACCUCGAGUCGGCCGGCGGCCAGGACGACCACCACCUGAACGACGGCGAAACGCCUCUCCUCGGCCCAUCGCCCACUCCGCUGCCCAAGCGGUCUCUCGCGGCGCUCUGUGCGAUCCGGCUCGUGGACCCCAUCGCGUUCACGGUCAUCUUCCCCUUCAUCAACGAGAUGAUCGAGUCGCUGCAGCUCACCCAGGACACGUCCAAAAUCGUCUUUUACAGCGGCAUGGUGGAAAGCGCCUACGCCAUCGCCGAGCUCUGCUCGAUCUACCAGUGGGCCGCCCUUUCCGACCGCGUCGGUCGGAGGCCUGUCCUGUUCAUCGGGACGCUGGGCGCAGGACUCGCGACGGUCCUGUUCAGCCUCUCCCGCAGCUUGAGCGGCCUUCUUCUCGCCCGCUGCCUCGGCGGCAUAUGCUCAGGCAUCACAGCCGUCAUCCAGUCCGUCCUCGGCGAGAUGACCGACAGCUCGAACCAGGCGACCGCGUUCCCGAUAUUCCACCUCUUCUGGCCUCUCGGCGUGAUCAUCGGACCCCUCAUCGGAGGCUCACUGUCCAAUAUGGCCUCCAAUGCGGGUCGAUCCCCGUUCCUGAAGUCAUACGUCCCGUUCCUGCUCACGUACCCGUACUUCCUCCCCUGCCUCGCGGCGGGCGCGAUCUCGCUUCUCGCCGUCUGCUUGGGCUGGUACUGGCUCGAAGAGACUCUCCCGAGUAAACGCCGACCGGCUCCAUCCGCUUUACGAAAGGUCAAGCUCAACCCGGGGAGAGCCUAUGGCGCCGUGGCGCCCCCUUCUCCCCCGCCCGCGUCCUCCGCUCCGCACGGAUUCCCCGGCGGUCCAGAAGAUCGAGCUGCGAAGCCGCCCUCGGCAUGGUCCCUGCUCGGUAUCCCCGCCCUCCGCGCGCUCUGCUUAUCCGGCGCCGCGCUCUCGUUCGCAGCGACAGCCUUCGACGUCGUUUUCGUCCUCUUCUGUUACACCCCCUUGCAGUCCGGCGGACUCGGCUUCAACGCGUCGAAGAUCGGGUACGCGCUCUCGUUUGCCGGCGCGGGGUCGAUCGCGCUCCAGCUGCUCGCGAUGCCCGUCCUGCUGCGCCGGUGCGACAACGCGCGGCUGUACCGAACCUGUCUAGCCGUGUGGCCGCUCACGUUCGUCGGGCUGCCUGUGCUUCGACGGGUCGUCGGAGGCGCAGAAGAGAGGGACGCGCACGCGGGCGCGCUGCUGUGGCUCGGGCUCGGGCUCGUGCUCCUCCUCUCGCGCGUCGGCUGCCUCGCCUACUCGGUGAACAUGGUCCUCGUGAAAGCGCACGCCGCGCCCUCCGCGCUCGGGCGCGCGAACGGGCUCGCGCAGGUCGCGCAGUGCCUCGCGCGCGCGGGCGCGCCCGCGUUCGCGAGCGCGGUGUAUGCGGCGUCGGUCGGUGCGGGCCCGGGCCCGGGGCUGUGGGUCGGCGUUAUGAGCGGGUUGGCGGCGCUGGGGUGGGCGUCGAGUCGCGGUGUGCGGGGGUGAUGGAUGGAUGGAGGGUUGUGUUUUGUGUUUUGUUUCUUUUUGGCUCGGAGUUGGCUUGUCCUCGGUAUAAGGCAUCGAUGCGAGGGUUUGGUUAUGACCUGCG